GAUAUAAGAGGGAGGUUGCGAGCAAAAGUCGCGAGCAUACCCUGGAGCCAGGCGUCUGAGCACAACAGCAUCUCGGUUGGCAAUGGAAAUUAACUUGCGGGACUACCAAUGGGAGGUGGUGAAGCCAGCGCUCGAGGGCAAGAACAUUAUCAUAUGGCUUCCUACGGGCGGGGGCAAGACUCGAGCUGCUGUGUUUGUUACCAAACACCACCUGGACACGAAGCGCGGGAAAGGGAAAGUCGCCGUCCUCGUCAAUAAGGUCUCUUUGGUCAACCAACACUAUGAGAACGAGUUUAAACCCUUCCUGAAUGGAGUGUAUUUGGUUGUGCCUAUCAGCGGAGACAGCGACCUCAAGGACUGCUUUGGGGUUGUGGUCAAAAAGUACGAUAUCAUCAUUUGCACAGCACAGAUCCUGCAGAACGCACUCACCAACGCCGAGGAAGAAAAGCACGUAGACCUAACAGAUUUCUCCCUGUUGAUCAUUGACGAGUGCCAUCACACCCAGAAGGACGGGGUGUACAAUCAGAUCAUGGGCCAGUACAUUGAGAUGAAACAGAAACGCACACAGAGUUUACCCCAAAUCCUCGGUCUCACCGCCUCCCCAGGCACCGACGGAGCCAAUACCUUUGAUAAAGCUCAGGGUCACAUCCUAAAGAUCUGCGCUAACAUGGAUGCGUCCAUGAUAAUGUCCGCCACGGUACACAUUGAGCACCUAGAAGAGAAGGUGCCUCAGCCUGUAAAGAGAUAUGAUAUCGCAGAAGAGCGAAAGCAGGACCCCUUUGGAGACCAGAUUAAGAGGAUGAUGAGGACCAUUCAUUCCCACUUAGACGAACCUUCAAUCACCGGGAACUUGGGAUCGCAGAUUUAUGAACAAGCAGUGGUCGAGCUUGAGAAACAAGGUGCCAUAGAGUCCAACAGACUGAAACGAGUCAGCGCUCAGCACCUCCGCAAAUACAACGAUUCCCUUCUCAUCAAUGACGCCGUGCGGAUGAUCGACGCCUUUCGUUACCUGGAGGACUUCUACCGAACCGAGGAAGCCACCAAAACCAUCCUGGAUGGAACCGAUCGCUUCUUGCUCCAAGUGUUCAAAGACAAUCGGGAGGAACUCCGCCAUCUGGCCUCGGACGCCAGGUUCGAGAAUCCCAAGCUCCGCAAAUUGGAAGAGACGCUGCUGGAACGCUUCGAGACCUCGAAUUCCCGAGGGAUCGUGUUCACCAAGACCCGGCAGAGCACCCACGCCCUGGUGGACUGGAUCCGCAGCUGCCGCCUGUUGAUGGCGGCUGGGAUCAAGGCGGAGGUGCUGACGGGAGCCGGGAUCAGCAGCCAGACCAAGCACAUGACUCAGCAAGAGCAGCAGAAUGUCAUUCAGAAAUUCCGCAAUGGUGCCCUCAACCUCCUCGUCUCGACCAGCGUGGCAGAAGAAGGUCUGGACAUCAAGGAAUGUAACGUGGUCAUCCGCUACGGGCUGAUCACCAACGAGAUCGCCAUGGUCCAGGCCAGAGGCCGCGCGAGAGCUGAGAACAGCAUGUACUCAGUGGUUGCCGAUUCCGGUAGCAGAGAGAUCCAGCGGGAAUUCACCAAUGAGUAUCGUGAGCAGCUGAUGAAACGCGCCAUCCAGGCCGUGCAGAACAUGGACCAACGCGACUACCUUUUGAAGAUUCGUGAACUGCAAAUGGAAGAGACAAUGUGCCGGAAAAUGAAGCAAUCAAAGUCAAACACCAAGAAGAAGGAAAACCUUCCUAAGCUCAUCAGGUUCUACUGCCUUAAUUGCAACAUCGCUGUGUGUCAUGGCAGUGACUUGAGAAUCAUUGAAGGCAUGCACCAUGUUAAUGUGAAUCCUAACUUCAGUAUUUACUACAAGGUGGGCGGAGUGAUACCCAUUAAGAGGAAGUUUGAGGACUGGAAGCCGGGUGGCAAAAUCAGCUGUCAGAAGUGUGGUCAGGACUGGGGCAUGGAGAUGAUCUAUCGGGCUCUGAGCAUACCCAGCUUGAGCAUCAAGAACUUUGUGGUCGAGACGCCAAGCGAGAGAAGGGGCUUCAAACAGUGGAAAGGUGUUCCCUGCCAGAUCCCAGAGUUCAGCUACACCGAAGCUUUCGAAGCCAUGAAUUUGAACUCCUAACUUGAGUGCUUUCAAGUGAGGUGUGUGUCAGGCGUGGCCUCUGUAAGUGGCUUCAGCACCUUUAGCUUCUACUCCUAGACCCGCGAUUUCUUCUGUUGGUUACCCUCUGCGUAAAGAAAUACAUGAUGUCUACACACACCCACACAAACACAC